AUGGACGACCUGCUGGAUCGUCGAAUGGAGGAGGGUUCCAGCUCGAAUUCGAGUGCUGGAGAUCUCUCCUCCCUGGAUGGUCUGGUUCCUAUCAAGACCGAUAUCCAGUUCUAUUGGGACCCUGCCCCAUCCUCUAAGUCUCCUGGCAGUGAGAACCUCAAGCCCCUGAAGAAACUACCCCACAAGUUUUUGACGAGGAAGUUGCAACAAGCCUUUGUGGCCAAACGAAAACAUCGUGUCAACGAAGAACAUGAACCUUUGAUAUCUUAG